AUGUAUCCAGGGGCUGAAACGAAUGAAGCAGAUCCAAUAAUAGCAAGGAUUAUAAUCAGGAAGUUGGAUAAGGAAGGAUUACGGCUAUAUGAGCAAAAUAUAAAAAGGACAAAGGAGAUUCAAAAAUUGGACGAUGUAUUACAGUUUCUGGAGCAGCAAUACCAAGCAGCAGAGGCGAUUAAAUCUAAGAAACAAACUAAUAAUGUAAAGUCUUUUCAAAAAACAACAGCGACAACUAUAGUAGCAAAUGAUUACCAGUGCUUUUACUGCAACAAAAAAGGACAUAUGGCAAUAAAGUGUUAUGAGUUUCUAAAGCUACAAGUCAAGGACAAAAAUACAUGGGUAAAAGACGCUCAAAUUUGUCGCGUCUGUUUAUCGCAUAAAACUACAAAACGAUGCAAUAGUAAGACAAAAUGUCAAGAUUGUGGGAAGUGGCAUAAUACUCUUUUGCACAUUAAUUCAGGGCAAAAUAAUAACACAUCAACAUUAACAAUGAAUACGGGCACAGCAGAAAAUGUGUUACUUGCAACGGCGCAAGUGCGCGUAAAAAGUGUUCAAGGUGAGAUGAUUAUGUUAAGGGCACUAAUUGACCAAGGGUCGCAAACUACAGCUGUAUCAGAAGAAGCGGCACAAAUAUUAAAUUUGCCAAGGAAAAAAGUAAAAAUGGAAGUGCAAGGGUUUGGAGGAACACCGGUUGGCGUUGCAAAGGCAAAAAUAAAUCUUCAAAUUCACCCACGAUUCACCAGUAAAUAUAAAAUAAAUGCAGAAGCAUUAAUUUUACCAUCAUUGGUAUCUUGUCAACCGGAUAAAACCUUUAGCUAUAAUAUAGAUAAGUGGGAAAAUAUGACCUUGGCGGACCCAAAUUUUAAUAAAUCCGAUAGAAUUGACAUAAUCAUAGGAAGCGAUCUUUAUGGAGAAAUUAUUGAAGGCGGUCUACUUAAAAAAGAUAAAAUAUUGGCGCAAUCAACAAAGUUCGGCUGGAUAUUAUCAGGUAUUUUACAAGCAAAAAGAAGCAUUAAAGGAUUCAUCUCUUCCAACGUCGUCAACAUAGAAAAGUUUUGGGAAAUAGAAGAAAUUCCAGAGGAUGAAGAUUCAUCGGAAGACGGAUAUUGUAUGAAAAAUUAUGCUGCGACAACUACCAAAAAUGAAGAUGAACGAUUUGUAGUUGAGUUACCUUUCAAAGAAGAACACCAAGUUGGCGACUCAUACAAAAUGGCGAUGGCACGAUUCAUAAAUUUGGAAAGAAAAUUACAGGCAAACCCAUCAUCAAAGAGAGAAUAUGUCGAAUUCAUGAAGGAGUAUCUAGCUGAUGGGCAUAUGAAAAAAGUAAGUUCAAAAGACAGGGAAAAUAUUAUCUACCUCACCAAGCAGUAG